UAAGAAGUGAUCAAUACAAAGCCGGAUAUUUGCCAAGGAGUGAUUAUUUUCAUUUUUUUUUUUUAAGAUGAAGAACAAUUAGUAAGAGCUGAAAGUCUGAUUGCCUUUGGAGUUGCUGGAGACUUCUGGAGAUGUACAUCGUGAGUUCGUACGGUUUUUCUGAGGGUUGCUGGAACUGAAGGUGUAUGGAAGAAGGAGUUCUAAGUUUCUGAGAUAUUGCAAAAGAUAGUUCCUCCUCUCAUCCUGGAAAAUCCUGACAGACCAGUUGGAUACCUUUCAGGCCUUAACUAAGGACUUUAUCUGUUCAUCCCACUGUCUUUUGUACUGUAGAAAGACCCAAGACACCCUUAAGAACUGAGAAUCUGACUAAUUUAAACAGAUGGCUAAUCCCAGUGCUGUCUGUAAUGGACAUCUACAUCAUCAUCACCAUCAGAAACAGAAUAACGUCUUAAAAAGUGGAGUCUGUAAGAAAAAUGGAAUUACCAAAGGAGUUAAGAAGAAUGGUGUAACAAACGGAACUCCCCACAAAAAAACAUUUAUUGAGCACUUUGAACAAGCACCAAUGUAUGUUGCUGUUCUUACGUUUGUGGGUUUUGGAGUGGGCACAAUAUUUGGUUACCUGCGAGAUUUUAUGAGAGCCUGGGGACUAGAAAAACGUAACGUUGCACAGGAGAGACAACAACAAAAAGAUUUUGUGCCACUUUAUCAAGAUUUUGAGAACUUUUACACCAGAAACCUCUAUAUGAGAAUACGUGAUAACUGGAAUCGUCCAAUUUGCAGUGUCCCAGGGCCGCAGUUUGACCUCAUGGAACGCGUUACAGAUGAUUACAACUGGACAUUUAGGUUUACAGGAAGAACCAUCAAGAAUGUAAUCAAUAUGGGUUCUUAUAACUACCUCGGCUUUGCAGAAACAGAUCCUAACGCUUUGAAAACUGUAACCAAAGAGCUACAAAAAUAUGGAACAGGAAUCUGCAGUACUAGACAAGAAAUGGGGACCCUAGACAAGCAUUUAGAACUAGAGAAUCUUGUGGCCAAAUUCCUAGGUGUGGAAGAUGCUAUGGUGUUUGGCAUGGGAUUUGCAACAAAUUCAAUGAAUAUUCCAGCACUUGUUGGAAAGGGUUGCCUCAUUCUAAGUGAUGAAUUGAACCACACUUCUCUCGUUCUUGGUGCGAGGCUUUCAGGUGCUACUAUUAGAAUCUUCAAGCAUAAUAAUAUGCAGAGUCUUGAGAAAUUAUUGAGAGAUGCAAUAAUAUAUGGCCAGCCUCGAAGCCACAGAGCAUGGAGAAAAAUUAUCAUCCUUGUGGAAGGCAUUUACAGCAUGGAAGGGUCCAUUGUGCAGCUGCCAGAGAUAGUCUCCUUAAAGAAGAAAUACAAAGCCUACCUCUAUUUGGACGAAGCUCACAGCAUCGGUGCAGUGGGAGCAACAGGACGAGGAGUUGUGGAGUACUUUGGUAUGAAUCCUGAUGAUGUUGACGUAUUAAUGGGAACAUUCACAAAGAGCUUUGGUGCAGCUGGAGGAUACAUAGCUGGCAAAAAGGGCCUCGUGGACUUUUUACGAACUCAUUCUCACAGUGCUGUGUACGCCACAUCUGUGUGCCCACCUGUGGCAGAGCAAAUCAUCAGAGCAAUGAAGUGUCUCAUGGGGUUAGAUGGAACAACGCAAGGGCUCCAGAGAGUGCGCCAGCUAGGGAAAAACACGAGAUACUUCAGAAGAAGACUGCACGAAAUGGGCUUCAUCAUCUAUGGCAAUGAUGAUUCUCCUGUGGUCCCAUUACUCCUUUAUAUGCCUGGUAAGAUAGGGGCUUUUGCAAGACGCAUGUUAGAAAAAAAUAUCGGGGUUGUUGUGGUUGGGUUUCCAGCUACUCCUAUCACAGAGUCCAGGGCUCGGUUUUGUGUGUCAGCUGCGCAUACACGGGAGAUGUUAGACACGGUUUUGAAUGCUCUGGAUGAAUUGGGUGAUUUUCUACAGCUGAAAUAUUCACGGUAUUCCAAGUCAUCUCAUCCUGAACUGUAUGAAGAAAGUCGGUUUGAAUUUGAAGAUUAAGUUUUCUGCCCAUGAAGAGAACAUUAUGAUGCUACAAAGGGGGGAAAACUCAAAACCCAAAUAUGAAUGCAUUUCUUUCCUUCUAAGGACAAUUUUUGUUUCUCAGUUAAUUGAAAGGAGGGAAAGCUUGAUUUUUGCGUUUUAAUGUAUCAAAUUUCUGUAUUUAAGAGACUGAAAUAUUGAUACAGAUUUGCCUCCCAGGAGAUCUGUUCUUCUUAUGGUAUUUUUUAUGCAGAAUGAAUGCAUCCAUUGAUCAUGUUGCUAGCAUACAGCUUUUGUUAUGGCCUCUUUUUAUGAAGAGGCUUCAGAUAGUCCUAAUUUUGACUGAAAGAAUAAAGGUUAAAAACCAAAUGGAUCCAGUGUAGUAUGGCAGUAUAACUGAGCUUCAUCAGUGAAAUUGAAUUCUGUCUGCUGAAGAGCAUAAAUCAAGACAUCGCUGUGGAUUGCUACAGAGCAGAAAGUGACCUCUUAACUAAUUUGCCCUAUCGUGCCUUUUUCCAGGGACAAAAAAAGAGUUAGAAGAUGGCUAAUGCUGAGAACAAGAACAGUUACCUCAUCAGAUAUUUCUGACAACAGAUUAUGGGAAAGAGGAAUGUUUCCUCCCCUCCACAGACCCUUUCUCUGCCACUUCAAUAUACUGUAAGCCUCAUAUUAUAGAAAAGUUGGGGCUUAGAAAUAAAGAAAUGUUUUUAUUCUAAUGUAUUUGACCUACAGCCUUCCCCAUCUUAUCACGACGAGAGCUUCUCAGCAGGCUUGCUCCCUUUUCAUGUAGCAGCAGUAAAUAAUUUUAAUAACCAUUUAACUUUCCCGUAAAAAGCUUGAUCAAAACAGUCAGAUACUCGCAGUUCACAAACUGCAGAUGACAUUUAUGGGCCCAUUCCUAAGUUUCCUGAACUACUUAUGGGCUUAAUAAAUUCACUAAUAAGUACAUAAUGCCCAAGUUGUUAGUUAUACAGAAUUGUGACGUUCGGGAUACCAUGAGCAGUUCUCCCACCUGCUAAAUUGAGAGCUCUGCCAUUCCUAACUGCACUAACGUCACCCACUUAAUAACAUUUCUUGAAAUGUUCUUGUCUGGUUUAUGCAUGUCAGGGAUUGUUUUGCUUGUCAGGCUGCAGGCUUUUUGAGUGGCUUAUUUUUCAAAUAAUUGAUUAUGUCAUCUGAGAGGAAGACGUCCUUGUUCUCCUUUCCACUGCUCAAGUGACAUAUGCUCAAAGAUGCUUGGAGGAAAUGUUACAGUCUGCAGCUUCCCUGCAAUGCCUUCAGCAGCAGAACCAUCGGCCUCGUGUGGGCUGGGUAGUUGGAGGGAUAUUGUAGCUUUUUCCCUUUUCUGUGGUGUUGAAAAGUGGUUCUGCAGCUUUAAGAAUGAACUCCAAACCAUUCCACACUAUCAAAUGUCAUUGUAAACACAUCAGAUGAGAGAUGUUUAGGUUUCUGUUGCACAGAUGUACCACACUUUCAUGUUCUCUUGAAAGCUGUGGCGUAAACUUAACCCGCAGCUGCAAUAUUAGAUUUAAGAACAGUACAAUUAAAUUGCGGAGUAGCAAUUACACUAUAUUACUCUCUGCUUGUUAAAGCUGCUUUCAGGAUAUAACAAGGCUGAUUGGUUAUGAGGGGCCACUUUUUGUUGGGUUUUUG